GCGCGUGCGCAGGCCGCGAGGGCCGCUCCGCGCUUGGCCUCGUGCGCGGUAGGGGAAGCGGGGGGAGGGGCGGGCGGUGUCCGCGCGCUGCCCGGCGGAGAUGGCGAAAAGCCUGAGGAGCAAAUGGAGGAGGAAGAUGCGGGCGGAGAAGAGGAAGAAGAACGCGCCCAGGGAGCUGGAGAGGCUGAAAAAGAUCCUGGGAACCAACGCGGACGUCAUCAUGGAGGAGGUCAAGGAGGUGGCGACCGUGCUGCCCCCCGAGAAGGUUCUGGAGCAAGGGGAUGACAGCAAAAUGGAAGUAGAUAAUAAACGAAACAAAAAAACUCUUCUAGACAAGCAUGGACAGUACCCAAUAUGGAUGAAUUCCAGGCAGAAAAAGAAGAUGAAGGCACAACGUAUUAAAGAGAAGAAAAAAAAAAAAAAAAAGGCCAAAGGCCUAGUCUGGUAAAAUCAGAAUUUUGGAGAUCAUGAAUAAUUUACUCAAGUACAUUAUAUUUUUUGCUUGGCCACCAAGUGUAAUUUACUGUAUUGUAUGAACUUUCAAAGAGACUAUUAGAAAACUGGUGAAAGCAGAACCAACUUGGUGUCUGCAGAACUUAAAUAUAAAAGAGGAAGCUGAGUGCCUUUGAAUAGACUAAAUGUCUGUGGUUAACUGUUUUUGUGAGGGGAAAGGGUCUUUGUCUUUUAUAUUGUGAACAAUUAAAAUGCUGAAGGAAAUCCUAGAAAUCAGGAAACAAUAAAUGUUACUGUGAUGAUAAAUAUUACUGAUAAUGAUACUGUGGUGUUUGUCAUUAGAACUUGGAUUUUAGUAAACUUAAAAGAUUCUGUAAAUUCACCAUGUAUUUUAACAUUUUCAGAAAAAGACUUUUGUUGUACCAAUUUGGUUUGCUUUUAACAUCUGGUAAUUUACAAAAAUGAGCUUUUAACAUGUAAUUUAAGAGAUUACACUCUGAAAUCAAUGCCAAGGCUUCAUGAAACUUCUGUAAGUAAAAGGCAAAGUGUCAGUCUGACUUUAAUUUGCAGAGAGAAGGUUGUUGGAAGAAAGAAGUCUUUCACUGUUCUCUGUUUCUGAAAUAUUGUUGGAACUAAAUAACUGAAAGUUAAGCUAAUUCUUUUGUUAUUAAUGUGGGAGAACGCAAACACACAGGUUGGAAAUAAAAUGGUUUUCUUUAAGACCUUUUCGGAGCUUUACUAAAAUAAAUGAGAAUUUAUUUUUCCAUGUGUA